AUAUAGGAGACGGACUUGUAGACAUUUCAAGUGUGGGGCGUGUGGGGCGUGUGGGGUGUACUCUGUACUCUGUAGCUUUGCUCUACGUAUAACUUGCAGGCAUGGGUUCAGGAAAUGUGAUACGAGUUCAGCUAGCGAGCCUACUGAACCAGCACCUAGAGGCUCUGCUUGUUGCAUUUUUCAACCUGUUUUUCACUAAUGUUUACAUGUUAACUAGUUAGCUCGUCAUACCGGCCAUUAGUGAAGAUAUGAAAUUACUCUUUCUUGCUUGCCUCAGUCCUAAAACUGGAAACCACACUACAGCUGAGAGAAUAAGGUCCCACAUUGAAUCAGCUGGACACACCUGUGAGCUCAGAGAUGCAGCAGAGUUUCAGUCUCCUGCUGAGGUGGCAAACCUGAUAUCUAGUAAUCCUACAUUUGAGGGUGCACUGGCCAUCCAUCUGUUUAAAGCAGGCAGACUUCUCUUAGACAUCCAAGUACCCUUUGGUGUUAUCUUUGGCGGAACAGAUAUAAAUGAAGAUGUGAAAGUUGAGCAGAAGCGUGUGGUUAUGGAGCAGGUGCUACAGAAAGCCAGGUUUGCAGUUGCAUUCACUGACAAAUUGAAAGAAGAAGCAGAAUUAUAUUUGCUGUCCCAGAGCAGUAGAAUCUAUGUGCAGCCCCAAGGUAUCCAGACUGAAGUGAGUGAGAAAUUCUGCUGGAGUGAAUUCUUGAGGAGCUCAGAUGCGAGCAUAGAGCACGUGGAUGAGCUGCGUGUCUUCCUCUUGGUCUGUGGACUCAGACGAGUCAAGGACCCCCUUUAUCUGGUGGAGGUUUUUUCAGAGUGGCAUUAUGAGAAUCCACUGAAUGUUCUGGUCAUUAUUGGGCCAAAGUGUACAGUAUGUUUGUGUCUGUUCUUUCUUUCAAACAGUGUUGUGAGGCAAAAGAUUGAUCCUUUAUUUACUGUUGAAGUGGAAGCUGUUGUUAAAAGUUUUUCGCCAAGGGCCUUCAGCACAACAAAGCUCUGUGGCAGGAAGCUGCCUUCUCUGGUUAGGAGUUCACCUGGACUCUCCGUGCAUGUCCCAUAUAGUGCAGCUGUGUUUCCUGCCCUGAGCUUGUCACUGCCCUUUAGCAUCAUUCACGCCUCUGUUAGCCCUGAGUCACGCAGAACUGAGCUUUGUCGCUGCUUCUGUAGAGCAGCAGGGGUCUUCUUGGCCCAGGAGAGGAGCCAACAGGAGCUUCACGCUGCCAUGAAACGGUGCUUCGCCGUGGUAAACAGCUCCGUCUCAGAGGGCAUGUCAGCAGCCAUUUUGGAGGCCAUGGAUCUCGGGGUACCUGUGUUGGCCAGGGAUAUUCCAGGAAAUGCAGCCGUAGUCCAGCAUGAGUUCACUGGCCUGCUGUACUCGUCUCCUCAGGAAUUUGUGCAUCAAUCUCACAGGCUGUUAUCAGAUCACGAGCUGAGAGAGAGAGUGGUAAGGAAUGGAAAACUUUACGUGGAAGAGCAUCACGGCCUGAAUCAGGAGAGAGAAACCUACCGGCGGCUGGUGGACACUCUGCUCUGAGCGCAAGGUGACAGCGCUCAACCCCACUCUGUAAACUUUCUCAGGAAGAGCUGGGCAUUACCCUGCUGCAUUUACAUGCUGUAGGUAAAAUGAUCACAGAUGUCUUUAUUCACUGUCUUUUAGGAAAUCAGGCUACAAAGAUGCUGUACAAAAUAAUCUUGUUUUAUCUGCACUGCCAAAUUGAAAUUAUGCUGCAGAGCACUUUGAACCAAAGAACCAGACAAUAAAUGGUUGUUUGUCCUGUUAAUAUGUAAUGUAUACCUACAUUGCUAAUGUACUGUUAUUUAUGUUUGGAAUAAAUAUAUAAAUAAGGCUUCUCUUCUUAUCAGUCUACUUAAUAAAAGAGGCAAACAAC